AUGAAACAAACACAAGUGGUUGUGUUACUUUUGUUCAUUGUUUGUUUUGUAUCAGUGUCGUUUACACAAAACAAUCAUCUAUUAAAUAAUCAAAUCAAAUAUUUAAACAACAAGAAUCAUCCAUCAGACCUAUACAAUAAUAUACAAGCACAAGAUGUUAAUAUAUUCCAACGAUCACUAGAAUCUAAAUCAAUCAUUGGUUUGACAGCUUCAUCAAACAUCUCUACACAAUGUCAAAGUGAUAUGACCUCUAUAUUGGGAUUAUCAUACCCAAAUGCAACUGCUUUAUUAUCAUUUACAGGUAAAUCAAUGUGGGAUUUUGGAAACUAUCAAGAAUGUUUAGAGUUGCCAAUGAAUGUAUCAACCUAUUGUUUAUAUCAAAAUGAGUAUAUGGGAUUGACAUACUUUAUUGGUGUAUGUUAUCCUGCAUCUUGUUCGGAAGAGGAUGUUGCCAAUUUGGUACCAUCCUAUUCAUUGUCGGUGCAACAAGGUGUUGCAGUGGUUCAUUGUUAUACACAGGAUGAUCGCACCGUUCGAGAAUACACUACUGGAUCAUAUGUCAUGAUUGUACUAUCGUGUAUAAUUGCUGCUACUUGUUUGAUUGCCAGUCUUUUAGACCACUACAUUCACAUACGACAAGCAGAAACCAAGAAAACUGUACUCAACUCUAUCAACUACGACGAUGACAACAACAAUAACCCAUACCAAUCACUACUAAACAAUGAAAGAAGUAUAAACAAUAUGUUUGAUAGACCACCAAUGGCAAUGAAAGCAUUAUUAUGCUUUUCGUUGAAAAAGAAUUACAAUUCAUUUGUUGGUGGGUCAAGUACGAAAAAGUAUUUCGAUGCUUUGGAUGGUGUACGUACAUUCUCUACCAUGUGGGUUAUUCUAGGACACACUAUUCUAUUCAAUGCAUCGAUUGGAUAUGAUAACGCUGGCUAUUUGGUUGAUACUAUCAAACAAGGCUUUGCAUUCCAAGCAAUACCUUCUGGAGAGUAUGCGGUUGACAUUUUCUUUACACUCUCUGGAUUCCUUGUUUGCUAUUCACUCAUUAAUCAACUCAACAAAUAUAGACAGGCUGGAAAAGAGACGAUGGGUACAUAUGGAAGCCCUGGAUUGUGGGCCAUGUACAUGAUACAUCGUGUGGUUCGUCUUUCUCCAAUCUACUUUUUCCUCAUCUUCUUUUUCUGGCAUGUUGGACCGCUCCUUGGUUAUGGACCUGCCUACUAUCUCUACAACUCGGUCGUCAAUCCAAUGUGUCAGCAGAGAUGGUGGACCAACCUAUUGUACAUCAACAAUCUUACAAGUACAAUGUCUGGCGAGUGUUUUUCUUGGGCGUGGUACUUGGCAAAUGAUAUGCAAUUCUAUUUAUUCGCACCAUUUAUUGUCAUUGCCUAUCGAAAGAGUAAAGUAUUGGCUUGGUCAAUCAUUUUCAUCCUUCUUGCCUUUACUUUAAUUUUCACCACUUGGGUUUCCAUUGACAAUAAUCUUGAACCUUUAUUCUUAUUUACAAAUGGAUUUUUAGAAUCUGGUAGUUUUAUUACAGAUGUUUAUCAAAAACCAUGGAAUAGAUAUGGACCAUAUUUAGUUGGUAUGGGAGUAGCAUUUUUAUAUUUAGAACCAAAGACUGCUACCUUGUAUGAAAAGAAAUGGUUUAGAUAUUCAAUUUACAUUGUUUCAUUUAUUACCACAUUUUUCCUAUCCUAUCUUCCUUAUUUCUAUUUCUUGAAUCCAUGGUCAAAUGUGGGUAAUGGUUUCUAUGGUGGUUUCUCUAGAACAUCUUUUACAAUGGCAUUUUCAGGUUUCAUUUUGGCAACAUUUUAUGGUCAUGGUGGAUUUUUGAAAUGGAUAUUAGAAAUUCCUAUUUGGAAGAGUUUCUCUAAAUUAACCUAUUCAAUUUAUCUUGUACAUCCAAUUGUUAUUAUGGUUCGUGUAUUUAGUUCAACAUUGGUAUUCCAUUAUUCUUGGACUGAAUAUACAUAUUCAUUUAUUGGAAAUUUGGUAGUUGCCAUUGCAUCUGCUUUUACCAUACAUUUAACCAUUGAGAAGCCAAUGGUCAAUUUAUUUACUUUAUUUGUUCCUCACAAAUAA